AUGCGGAAGUUGUGUUUCACAACCAGGCAGCAGGAUCCCGGCGUGACAUUCACCGGGCGGCUAGCGGGUUUGGGGUCGAGAAACCACCGAGCUUUCUUCGAGAUGAAGCUCCUGAAAGCGGGUCUGUGUUUGGCCAGGAAUCAUCUGUUAGCGCCGGGGAGCGUCACACUGAAAAAGGUGCUAAUUAACAGCUGUCGGAGCUGCUCCUCUGGGGUCUUCCCCAACGAAAGAAUCCGCAAUAUCGGCAUCUCGGCUCACAUCGACUCGGGGAAGACCACCCUGACCGAGAGGGUCCUCUACUACACGGGCAGGAUAGCAGAGAUUCACGAGGUGAAAGGGAAGGAUGGUGUUGGAGCCACCAUGGACUCCAUGGAGCUGGAGAGGCAGAGAGGCAUCACCAUCCAGUCAGCAGCGACUUACACCAUGUGGAAGAACCACAACAUCAACAUCAUUGACACACCAGGUCACGUAGAUUUCACAAUCGAGGUGGAGCGAGCUUUGCGGGUGCUGGACGGAGCGGUGCUGGUUCUGUGUGCAGUGGGAGGCGUCCAGUGUCAGACCAUGACCGUCAACAGACAGAUGAAGCGUUACAAUGUCCCCUUCCUCACCUUCAUCAACAAGCUGGACCGAAUGGGAGCCAACCCGAGCCGGGCACUGCAGCAGAUGAGAUCUAAACUGAACCACAACGCAGCCUUCGUGAACAUCCCCAUGGGCCUGGAGGGGAACAUGCACGGCAUCAUCGACCUGAUAGAAGAGCGGAGCAUGUACUUUGAAGGACCGUUUGGUCAAAGCAUUCGCUACGACGAGAUCCCAGGAGAUUUCCGGGCAGAAGCUGCAGACCGCAGGCAGGAACUGGUGGAGAGUGUCGCCAACGCUGACGAAAUGCUGGGAGAAAUGUUCCUGGAGGAGAAAAUUCCUACCAAAGAGGACCUCAAGGCUGCGGUCCGCAGAGCCACAGUGCAGCGCCUGUUCAGCCCCGUGUUGGUCGGCACGGCGCUGAAGAACAAAGGCGUCCAGCCUCUGCUGGACGCCGUCCUGGAUUACCUGCCGAACCCCAGCGAAGUCAAGAACUACGCCAUCCUCAAUGAAGAGGAUUCAACAGAGAAGUCAAAGAUUGAAAUGGACCCAGUCAGAGACGCCUCAAAGCCUUACAUUGGCCUUGCCUUUAAACUGGAGGCCGGGAGGUUCGGUCAGCUGACCUACAUCCGCGUUUACCAGGGCUGCCUGAAGAAAGGAGAGAACAUCUACAACACGCGCACGGGCAAAAAAGUCCGAGUUCAGAGGCUGGUGCGCCUCCACGCCGAUCAGAUGGAGGACGUGGAUGAGGUUUACGCAGGAGACAUCUGCGCUCUGUUUGGGAUCGACUGUGCCAGCGGAGACACUUUCACAUCCAAGUCCAGCUCCAACCUCUCCAUGGAGUCCAUUCACGUCCCAGAGCCUGUCAUUUCCAUGGCAAUUAGGCCAUCAAAUAAGAACGACUUGGACAAAUUCUCUAAAGGCAUCAACCGUUUCACCAGAGAGGACCCCACUUUCAGAGUAACUUUUGACACCGAGAGCAAAGAAACCAUCAUCUCAGGGAUGGGCGAGCUGCACCUGGAGAUCUACUCCCAGAGGAUGGAGCGAGAAUACAGCUGUCCCUGUGUGAUGGGGAAACCAAAGGUGGCUUUCAGAGAGACGAUCACCAGUCCUGUGCCAUUUGACUUCACCCAUAAGAAGCAGAGCGGCGGCUCCGGGCAGUACGGUAAAGUCAUCGGGGUCCUGGAGCCCCUGGAGCCCGAACACUACACCAAGCUGGAGUUCGAAGAUCACACCGUCGGAACGAACGUCCCCAAGCAGUUUGUGCCGGCCGUGGAGAAGGGGUUCAGGGAGGCCUGUGAGAAGGGACCCCUCAGCGGACACAAGAUCACAGGAGUCAGAUUCCUUCUGGAGGACGGAGCCAAUCACAUGGUCGACUCCAAUGAAAUCUCCUUCAUUCGUGCAGGAGAGGGCGCUGUGAAACAAGCGAUGGAAAAGGCCAAAGCUGUGAUUCUGGAGCCAAUCAUGUCGGUGGAGAUCGUUGCGCCGCAGGAGUUUCAAGGAGUCGUCAUUUCUGGGGUGAACCGUCGCCACGGUGUGAUCACAGGCCAGGACGGAGGCGAGGGAUACUUCACUCUGUACGCUGAUAUUCCUCUGAACGACAUGUUUGGCUACUCCACAGAGCUGCGCUCCUGCACCGAGGGAAAAGGAGAGUACACCAUGGACUACAGCAGAUAUCAGCCCUGCCUGCCAGCAACACAAGAAGACCUCGUCAACAAAUACUUGGAGGCCACAGGACAGCUGCCUGCAAAAAAGAACAAAUGGAAGAACUGAGCUGCUCCCUCGCUAGUUUAUUGUUGGACUCCACAAUCGGCGAGGACAGUAUAGGAGUUCAAGGAGCCAAAAAAAAAAAAAAAAAAAAAGUUCAUAUUUUGAUGUUUUUUAUCCCCGUCAUCAUCCACUCUGUCUAAAUCUCAUGUGAAACAUAUUUAUGCUGUUUUGAGCUGAUCUCAACAUCUGGUCCUCAAACCUGAGUCGUUACUGAAGGCUGUUUUCACUCACUGGUUUUUGUACUGUGUACAGAAUGAUAUUGAUCUGAUAAUGACUGCAACAAAUACAUAUACAUAUGUCAUUUUGA